CAGCCCUCUUCUCUCUUUCCUUUUUUCUCUCAUGCUAGCGUAUGCGUCAGUUCCUGAACGGUGGGGAAACUUCCUGACGCUCUGAAGUCGCCCAAAGGGAGGUUAGACCCCAUUCUGCGCACUCGGCUGGGACCUUGAAGCCUGGAGCCCCCCGCAGCUCUGAGGAGAGACACCUUGAACUAUCUACCAGCAGGCCUCCUGAUAAGCACUUAGCCAUGUCCCUAGCUGAGACUAUCAGACUCUGGAAUGAAGGGGUGCUCGCAGCCGACAAGAAGGAUUGGAAGGGUGCUCUGGAGGCCUUCAGCGAGGUGCAGGAACCCCACUCGAGGAUUUGCUUCAACAUAGGCUGCAUGCACACCAUCCUGGAAAACAUGCAGGCGGCAGAGCAGGCCUUCACCAAAAGCAUCAACAGAGACAAACACUCAGCAGUGGCCUACUUCCAGCGAGGAAUGCUCUACUACAGCAUGGAGAAAUACGACCUUGCUAUCAAGGACCUUAGAGAGGCCUUGACGCAGCUUCGAGGGAAUCAGCUGAUAGACUACAAGAUCCUGGGGCUGCAGUUCAAGCUGUUUGCCUGUGAGGUGUUGUAUAAUAUUGCUCUCAUGCAUGCCAAGAAAGAGGAAUGGAAAAAAGCAGAAGAGCAGUUAGCAUUGGCGACAAACAUGAAGUCUGAGCCCAGGCACUCCAAGAUUGACAAGGCCAUGGAGAGCAUCUGGAAGCAGAAGCUGUUCGAGCCCGUGGUGAUCCCUGUGGGUAGGCUGUUCCGUCCAAAUGAGAGGCAGGUGGCUCAGCUGGCCAGAAAGGACUAUCUGGGCAAGGCUACAGUUGUAGCAUCUGUGGUUCACCAGGACAACUUUUCUGGCUUCGCCCCUCUGCAGCCACAGUCAGCAGAGCCUCCGCCCAGACCCAAGACCCCAGAGAUCUUCAGGGCUCUGGAAGGUGAGGCACACCGUGUGUUGUUUGGCUUUGUGCCAGAGACGCCCGAAGAGCUACAGGUCAUGCCUGGGAACAUCGUCUUUGUCUUGAAGAAGGGCAGUGAUAACUGGGCCACAGUCAUGUUCAAUGGACAGAAGGGACUUGUCCCUUGCAACUACCUGGAGCCGGUUGAGCUUCGGAUUCACCCUCAGUCACAGCCCCAGGAAGAUACCUCUCUGGAAUCCGAUAUCCCACCACCUCCUAAUUCUAGUCCCCCAGGAAGACUCCAGCUGUCACCAGGUCACAAGCAAAAAGAGCCCAAGGAAGUGAAGCUCUGUGUACCCAUGCCUUACAUGCUCAAGGUGCAUUACAAAUACACGGUGGUCAUGGAGACUCAGCUUGGCCUCCCCUACAUCCAGGUUCGGGACAUGGUGUCUAAGAAGCUGGGUCUCUUGCCAGAACACACAAAACUGAGCUACCAGCGACGGGACAGCUCCGAGCUUCUGCUCCUGUCUAAAGAAAGCAUGAAGGAUGCCUGGGGCCAAGUGAAAAACUACUGCCUGACUCUUUGGUGUGAGCAUACAGUGGGUGAUCAAGGUCUUGUAGAUGAACCCAAGGAGAGGGAAAACUCUGAUGCCAGUAGGCAGACAACAGAGCCUCAGCCUAUGGAGGGGACCCAGGUGGUAGCAAUCUUCAGUUAUGAGGCUGCCCAGCCAGAAGACCUGGAGUUUGUGGAAGGAGAUGUAAUCCUGGUACUAUCGCAUGUGAAUGAAGAAUGGCUGGAAGGGGAGUGUAAAGGGAAAGUUGGCAUUUUCCCCAAAGCUUUUGUUGAAGGAUGUGCAGCCAAGAAUUUGGAAGGCACUCCCAGAGAAGUCUAAGAUGAACUACAAUCUAUGAAGCUGAAGAAAAGGGUGUUUUUAAUUUUUGCAAGACUUUCCUAUCUCUGCUGUACCCUAUUACAGAUACGCCAGUUUGGGAAUGCUAACAUUUCCCUAUUAAAACUGAACCUGCCAAAUGGUAAUAAGACAACUCAGAAGAUUUCCUUACAGACGGAGAAGAGGGAGACAAACUUUCUGUUAGGGAAAUGAGGUUUCUUUUUUUGGGGGGGAGGAGGGGGGAGGUGCUGGCUACGUGAAUGUGCUUUAGAAUUCCCAGAGCUGCACACCAAUGGGCACAUCUUUCUGCUACGAAAACAGGACACCGAGCGUCCAAGCCCAACAGCUAAGUGGAAAAAACAUUUUUCCUUUAUUAGCUUGGGUUUCAGAAGCUUAAAGUAAAUUUACGUGUAAUCCUGAAGGCAUACACAAGACAACUUACUAAGAAACAAGCUUAAGUUUCAUUAAAGAAAAGGCAGGCUGAAUCAAGUUCCCAUUAAGUACAACAUCCAGUUCCACGGAGAAUGAAACUCUUAGAAUGAUAGCCCUUUAUGCCUUUUCAGAUGGACAUUUAUUAUUUAGAGCUCAAUAGUAAACACAAACCAUUAACAGUUGGAUCGAUGAAAGGCUGUGUUUGAGCUGGGCAGUGGUGGCACAUGCCUUUUUCCAGGGCAGCCAGGGCUAUCCAGAGAAACCCUGUCUCAAAAAACCAAAAAAGAAAGGCUGUGUUUGAAGGCAGCUUUUUAGAGACAUUCUGGGGCUUUACACGUGUUAUUCAAGACUAACAUGACAGGACCCAUGUCAUUUUGGUGACCCUUCAGGUUAACUGGGGACAAGGAUCCUUGAGCACUACAGCUUGGGACCUUACUGCCCUGCCACUCCUUGCAGCACACAUAAGGUUUUGCUCUUUUCCAAGUGUGAUUCUUACAUGGAAUCAAAUGUGAGCCCUGGUACUCAGCAUUGUUGAAGUUGCCUUUGGAAACUUUGGACAAACAGGAAGAGAAACAAACCACCCCAAGGAUAAUAGCCAUCACUGUUGGCUUAAAUCAGAUUUGGUGAAUUUUAUAGGCAGGAAGAUAAAAUGAACUUCUAGCCUUUACAGAAGUCCCUAUGACAGCCAUUUUAAACUAGCAUUUCUAGAACAAGUCACUGGAUGCUAAGAAAAGCAAAACUCAUCCCCAAGUCUUCCCAGUUGUGGUCACCUUUGUUUCUUCCUGAGUGAGCAGUUGAAGUUCUAAGCUGUAUUUAUACUUCUGUAUCCUUUAAGGUAGAAUAAAUACUCUAUACACAGAUCUGGUUGGAGAGAACACGGUUUAAUUAAAGGCAAAGCUGAUUUCAGCAGCUGCAGAUCUUGCACAGACAGACAGGGAAAAAAAACCCAAAUCAAAUCAAAUCAAAACAAAACACAAAAGUUUAUUACACAAAACCAGUUGAUGAAGAUUCUCCUCCCCUUCUUCAUUACCCCACAGUGAGGAUGGCAAGGCGAGGAACCCCGCCGAGAGUCAUAAACAUUCCAAACACCAAAUUCUCAUGCAGACUGGGGCUAUAGAUGGGAAGUGGGUACUGAGGGGAGGGAGCUGGUAAACCUGUUGGCUGGUCUAAGGUGCAAGAAUCAGUGACAUUUCCAACAUCAGAAUGCUGCAGCUGUCUGAAUGCAGAGCUUACAUACACAAACUGGGUGAAGGUAGCAGGAAAGGGACAGGGAGAGGACAAAGAUGGACACAGGGAGGGACCAGAGCAGCACAGACAGUUUCUUUUGCCAUUGAGUGAAGGGUUUCACUUUCAGCCUUUCACAAACAAAACAAAACAAAACCAAAAAAAUAAAAAUAAAAAAUCCAAAUACCAUGUCAAACUAAAAGCAAUAGAGUAAGCCUGGGGCUUCAAGCACUCUUUCUGAAGAGCAAUGAGCAAUACCUCACCCCAUCUCAUUGUGGGGCUGCCCAGACCCCAGUAACACCUGGGGCUCCUGGAUGUGCUUUGCUCUACAGCUGUCUUUCAGCUAAGGGCCACACUAAUUCCCACACUCAGCCCUCGCCCUCUGGGAGAGUAGACAGCCAUGUGUGGGGACAGACACACACACACACACACACACACACCUCCCAGAAAAUAAUCCCUACCCUAGCACAGCAAUUGGACACUUAGAUUGUUUCCAUAAUUUCCCAUUAAAAUAUUACUUUUCCAGGAAAUGACUAACAGAAAUGCUGUCCAUUCUUCUGUUCCUACACAGAACAUCUUCAGUCCUCUUUCCUCUAAUAAAUAUCAAAUAAAGAGUUUAUUCCUUUCUCUUGCCCUCUCCAA